AUGUCCGAGAACCUCUCGCAUCUAGUUCCCUUCGAUGGAGGCUCACAUAACUUCGCACCUUAUCGUCCUCCGGCUGAGACGCGCCGACUCACGCGCCAUGCGCCAAAUACUACAUUUGUUCGUCCUGGCGAGACAGUGCCUGACUUUAUGAUCGCAGCUCAGCCGGAUCAGCACCAAUCACAUCAGUCUGGGAAUGUACCAGCUCCUCAAUUUCAACAGACGCGACCACCCACUCGGGACAGUUUGCAGCAACGCCGGGAUUACGGCGACGACUUUGAAAAUGAGCAGCUCAUCAAUCCUCAGUCCGGGGCAUUCCAUGCCCCUAGUGCCGGACAGAUGUUACCUCCGGCACCCCUGUCGCAGAACGGUCUCGCGAUGGUGAACCCGGCGCAUCCGGCGCACAAUGAUGGCUUUGCAAUGUUGCCGUCGCCCAUUCAGUCGUUUCAGCAGGACUUUGCCGAGAUGAGCGCCGAGUCUACUGAUCCGACUUCGUUGGUUGCACACGGCGAGCUACGGGGUUUCAAAGCAAUACCCGACCCUCCAGACUUGGAUUACUGGAGAGACAGACUGUUCAACGUUGAUGAAAUGAUUACUCUGAGUGAAGAUGAGUUCAAUACUUACUUUCCGCAUGUUGACAAUGUAUAUUCCCAUCGCUCGACACAGCGGUACAAGCGUAAGCCCUUUGUCUCGCAUUACUGGGACUGUCGGUUGAAGGGCCGGCCUCCUGGUACGCCCAAAUCCGAUAACCCAGAAAAGAAGAAGCGCAAGCGCACAGCCCGAGAAAGAAAUCUCUGUCAUGUCAAAAUUAAGGUCAUGGAGUACUUUCCCAGGUCUGAGAUUUCAGACUUGGACCCCUCCGUUGAGGCUGGGCCGUCUAGCGUGCCUGGUAUGUAUACUUUUGCUCUGAGCGGUGACCCCUCCAUCCGAAGUGAUCAGGCUUUUGAAAUGCUCGCGUCAAAUCCCGGCCUGCCCCCUAGUCACCCAGGGGCGAAUGGCGCACGAUAUUACACCAUUCAGCGGGUGAAUGGAAACGGAGCUAACGGUAAGGAUGACGGGGUGAGUGGAGGUCAUCAGCACACACUUGAAGAAAGCGAUCGCGUAAAGAAGAGCAGUGUCCAACGAUCCGUUUUGAAGGAUAAGAAAGACAAAAGGACGAGAGUGGACCGAAUCAUGUCUGGACCAAGUCCAAAAUCAUAUCACACCAAGGCGACAGGUCUGGCUGCUGAGACUGUCGUCAAGCACGCCGGCGAAGUCAACCUCAAAUUAUAUGGAAGCUGCUUCUGUCCAUUCGUGCAGCGCGUAUGGAUUGCGUUGGAGCUGAAGGGUAUUCCGUACCAAUACAUCGAGGUGGACCCGUACGCAAAGCCGGCCUCGCUGUUGGAGGUGAACCCCAGGGGGCUGGUCCCUGCUUUGCGACACGAUAACUGGGGAUGCUAUGAAAGUAACGUAUUACUGGAAUAUGUAAAGCCAACCAGUCGAUGCCUCAGUCUCUCGCUAACCAAUCAACCACAGCUCGAAGAUCUGGGUGUGGGAGCAGCGUUGCUUCCAGGAGAUGCGAAAUUGCGCGCCCAUUGCCGUUUGUGGGCUGAUCAUGUGAAUCGGCAUCUCGUGCCGGGUUUCUACCGAGUCCUACAAGAGCAGGACCAGCAGGGGCAGAUUGAGAAGGCGCAGGACCUGCGGGCUUCCAUGGAGCAGCUACUCGAGGUGGCACAUCCCAAAGGACCAUUCUUCAUGGGCCCGCAGAUGUCCCUUGUAGACGUCCAAGCUGCCCCUUGGAUCCUCCGUCUGAGACGGGUCCUGAAGCCGUACCGCGGCUGGCCAGAUGCCGAUCAGGGAAGCAGGUUGGCAGCUUGGGUAGAUGCCAUUGAAAGCGACCCGCAUAUUCAAGCGACCACCAGCACGGACGAGCUGUACCUGGACAGCUAUGAACGCUACGCCCAAAAUCGCCCAAACACGUCGCAGGUCGCGAACGCCAUCAAUGCAGGACGAGGCCUUCCUUGA